UCUCCACAGAACAACAUGUCUGAAGAGAUCGUCUCUUUUAAACCCGUUUCUCAUGUAAUUUUCGACAUGGACGGGCUUCUACUCGACACAGAGCGCCUGUACACAGACUCGUUCCAACAGGUGUGUUCCCGGUUCGGCCGUGAGUACACGUGGGCGCUAAAGUCAAAGGUCAUGGGUCAGAGGGCACUGGAUGCGGCCGAGGUCAUCAGAGCUGAGCUGGACCUGCCUAUAUCUGCUGAGGAGCUGCUGAAGGAGACCAGAGAGAUACAGGAGAGGAUAUUCCCCACUGCUCAACUACUGCCUGGCGUGGAGCGUCUGAUUCUGCACCUCAAACAUCACUCUGUCCCAAUGGCUGUGGCCACCAGCUCAGCCGGACUCACCUACUCCCUGAAGACCAGCCGACACCAGUCCUUCUUCUCCCUGUUCCACCAUGUCGUCACGGGAGACGACCCAGAACUCAAGCGCGGAAAACCACAUCCUGAUCCCUUCCUCCUUUGUGCCUUCAGGUUCACUCCACCUGGCCAUCCGCAGAAGUGUCUUGUGUUUGAGGACGCUCCUCUGGGCGUCACAGCGGCUCUCUCAGCUCAGAUGCAGGUCGUCAUGGUACCGGACCCAAACCUGGACCGAACCCUGACCCGAGAUGCUACGCUAACUCUACCUAGCAUGAACCUCUUCAGACCAGAGCUCUUCGGACUGCCGCCUUUUGAAUAAACCAGAUGCCCUUCCAGCCUCCUCUAUCCCUGUGUGUCAGAUGCCCUCCCAUCCCCCUAUAUCCCUGCUCUAGGAAACCUUUCUGCUGAGGAUAUCAGAUACCUGCUUGUCUCCAUGGAGAUUUAUUUUUUUGCCUGAAAUGUUCCCCAGUACAUUGAGCUGUGAACAUAGAAAAAGAUUAGUUUAAUGCCAUACUGUGGAACAUUUCAGGCAAAGCAAUAACACUGAAUUAAAUUUCAAUUUAGUUUAUUUUUGUAAAGCCCAAAAUCACAACAGCAGUUUCUUUAUGAAGAUGAUGGUUCACUUUUUCUGCGUCUGGAGGCAGAAUGAAUGGUUGUUUGGAGAGGGUCGAGUGGUCAGUCGUCUGAAAGUGUCAGAUGGAUAUUUGGCUUUAGUGACACCUGAUUGAUCAGGGUUAAUACUAGCCUUGCAAUAAAUUUUGAAAUAAUUUUAAAGUCAACUGGUAGUAAGGGGAUUGGGCGGUGUACAGCAUACACUUGAGAACUGACUUUCAUAAUAUUUGAUUAAGGAAGUCCCUGCAGAUGCAUCGUCUCUUUUUCGUAUGAAGUUAACACUAAUGGAGUUGUAUUUUGAUGAACGGAAUGAAUGAAUGAAUUGUAAUCUGGAUUACAGACUAUAAAACAUGAUAAAAGGUGUUUUAUAACAAAGACAGUGGCAUUAAAUGAAAAUUAAU